AUGCGCUCAUCACCCGUCUUUCAGCCCGCACUCAACUCGGUGCGUACCGUAUCGCAGAGGAAAGCAUGCGAUCAGGGUCUCACCUUCGCUGCACACUAUCCUGCUGAUGACUACGCCGCCUCGCUAGCCAGCGGUGCAGCUCGUCUGGAGCUCUGGACCGAUCUUCCCGUCUCUCAGGUGGAUGCCGCCUCAACUUCUCGCUCGACAGCAUGGAGCGCUGUGCCCCUUCAGCCCCUCAGGGCCUCCGUCGGCAACGAUAGCGGAUACACCUUUGCGGCUGCAGUCAAGUGCUCGGAAGACGCAGCCGACGGUGCCUUUGGCUUUACCUAUCGAAUCGUUCAUCCCGACGGCAAGAUCGAUUGGCUCGGGUCGCCGUCAAACGACGGUCAGAUCUACCUACCUUGUUCUCAGCUCCCUCGUUACACCUUUGCGCAGCUCGUGCAGCCUCACUCGAGCUCAGAUCUCAAACUGAGCGAAAACAACUCUGCGAGCGCCGAGCUUGACAGUUGCGCUUCACUGGCUAGUCUGGUGGCCUCGCGUCGACAGAGUCAAGGCAGCAUCGCUUUCAGUAUCAAUGCCAACCACGUUCAAGCAGGCAUCGUGGUUGAGAGAACCAAAUCGACCUGGUGCACGUCCAGACGCUUCCGAUCGCUCGACGAAGUGUCAGCGGACUUUGGGUCCAAUCUCAUCAUCCUCGAGCUGUCUCAGUCUCCCGACAAGGAAGUGUUGGUGAUCUUGCCGGUCUUUGAAGAUGGUCAUCCGCCGGCUCGAAUGGUGCGUGGCUCAUCCGACGGCGAUAACGUUAAUUUCGAGAUUGUCGGCGCCGGUGCCCAACAGGCAAAAGUCGUGCUCGCUCUCGGUACCCUCACCGACCUCAAACAAGUCAUCGCAGCGUGCCGCUCUCACGCAGCAAGAACGCUUCGCACAAGUAUCCACGAACCGCUGGGUCUCUCUUGGUCCGCGAAAAAGCUGCUUGAUUCCGACUCUUCCCUCUCCUUCGAUGCCAUCGUGCCCUCCCUUCCAUAUGCGUACGAGGACUCCGAGUUCACUGAUGCCUCAUUCUUCUCCGACUCUACCGCAGUAGAUAGCUCACAGACCAGUCUCAGCUCGGCGAGCUCGAUGAUCCUCCCUCCCACCGACGACGCUCACGCAAAACGGGAAGAGCAAGAUGACACAUCGACUGUCAACGGCGACCGCACCUUCCAGGCUGAAACGCAACCACAGCCGCCACAACCCCAGACCGGGCUUGGUUUCUGCACAUGGGAAGCAAUGCAAAACGACGAAAGACGGCCCUACCUCUCCGAAGUCGUCGCUGCCCUCGAAGCAGCAGAGAGCCGACUUGGCCAAGGCUCGAUCGUCGCCCUGCUUAUCGACGAUGGCUGGCAAGAUGUCGCGCGAGGAGUUGACGAUCGAGGUCGACUCAAUAGCUUUGACAUGGAUCCCUUGAUGCUCGAUCUUGACGAGGCCUCUGUUGAGGAGCAAGAAGAUCUCGAUACGUUACCCGUGAGCAAUUGCGUCCUUGCUCGCUACACCUCCUACAUCCGAAAGCGAUUCCCUUCGAUUCGUUCGAUUGGCUGCUGGAUGUCGUUAGCUGGAUACUGGGACGGCGUUCAUCCCGGCGGCCCCAUCGCUGCUGGCCUCAGUGCACCGCUGCGUCACGCUCAUAUCGACGAUCCCUUCCGCCACGCCAGUCGAGACUGGUUUGUGCCAGCCACCGAACUCGACAUGCAUCUCUUCUGGGAUCGCGCGUUCCAUUCCUUGCGACAUAGCGGCGUUGAUUUCGUCAAGAUCGACGCCCAAGCCGAAUGGGAAUGGAUCCAAGAUGAGACAACCUCCGUUGCCUUUGGUCGCCAUGCAACUAGUCUCAGUGCAGCGUCGCUCAGCAAGGCAGCGUUCGAAGCGAUGGAGGGAGCUGCGACGCGCUAUUUCGGCGCAUCCGGCGGCGUCAUCCACUCGAUGGCCUUCACUUCGAAUUUCACCAACACCCUUCGUACGCUCCCGAGUCGAGGCAUGACCAUCCGCAGCACGGAUGACUUCUUCCCUCGGAUCCCUGAAGCUCACCGUCAUCAUCUGGCACACAACGUCUACAACUCGCUGUUGCUUCCCGAGCACGUGUGCGACGCAGACAUGCUCUCCCACUGCUCCAGCGACGCAGACAAUUCGAACGACACCGAAUAUACUGGAUAUCAUGCCUCGUUCCGAGCAUUCACAGACGCACGCCUGUGGAUCUCGGACAAGACGGAUGCACCUCGACACACCGGAUUGCGCGCUCUUGUGGCUCCUCCGUCACUGUCGGGCGAAGAGGCAAGGAUCGCUGUUCAGGCGUCGGGCAAGUUGCUCGCUGGGACUGCCUUUGAAGACCUCAUCGGUGACGGACCAGGUCCGGCACUGAAGUUGGGCGUUCAGCACGAGGGGAUCGCAAGCGCGACUGUAGGUUUCUGGAACCUGCGUGCCGAUCACGCCGAGACCUUCGACGUCGUUGAUCUUGAUCAGAUGCUCGACAAGGUUGACAGCAACGAUCAAUUGUCUGGCUCGCUGUUCACCUACUAUGCUGUUCGAAGUUUCCGAUCGGGCAAAAUCUGGCUCCUCACUAGCGAUCAGAGUCAAGGAGGAAGGUUGCUGGGUGUGAAUCUGGCAGCAGACUCUUGGGAGGUCUUGACGAUCGCUCCAAUGCUGACCACCAUGGUCGAAGGGGUGAGGGUGGCUUUCCUUGGCUCAAGUGAGCAUUUCAUGACACCAGAAGGAGUACGCUCGAUCACCAUUGCCACUUUGAACCCCGACAAGGAGAGUAGAAGGCGGUCGUACUUGUCGCAUUCUCGACGACCAUCGCACCACCGACGUCGAUCCACUCGUUCGAUCAGCACCGACGGCUCGCUUGCAUUCAUCGACUUGAACAACGCUACGAAGGACGAGUCGUCUCUGACGGUCACCGCAGUCGACAAUUUGAUGCAGAGAUCGGACGGCGGUGCAAAAGCGGUGAUUCUUUCGCUCGCUCUGAUCAAUGGUCUCUUCGCGUUUCUGCACACCACCAUCACUGGUGUUGUCCGCGUUCCUAACAAGGGCAAGGGUAGCAUCGGGCGACGUGGAACAGCUGGAGUCGACAUUGUCGAUACGAUGGUCGGCAUGCUUGAUAAGCUUCAGACGUUGUUCGUGUUUGGAUUGCUCGUGCUCGCUUCCUGGACGUCGACGUUGCCAAAGGCGUCCACGAACGGCGGAAAGAGGGCAUCGUGGUUGUCGUACCUUGACAGGAGACAAAUCCCAGAGGGCGAGCCAGGGCUGGACGGCAAGACCCUCAGAAGGGUCCGACUGCGACCAGCCGACGCAGUAGCCACGCUCAAACGCUGCCUCACCUCUCGCACCAUCGUUCCGCUCCGCGACUGUCCGAUUUCCCUCACAGAACCUCACCUCAGCCCGUCAAAGCUCAAGCCACUCUCGCCUCGAGUCGAAACACCACGUACAGCAACGACCUCCACGACCACAGACGUAGUCGUAACCGCACUCGUCGACGUGGCUGCCAAAAUCAGCUUCCUCGUCCUCUGCGCCGACCGCGACUCGAUCAAAACGUGCAAGAUCGACCGCAGCAGAUACGAGUGCGCUUCAACACCAUGGAUUCGCAUCGAGGAGGUGUUUGUAGAGGGAGGUUCGGUCAAGAUGGAAGGUAAGGCUUUGAGCGUAGAGGUCGAUAUGAGGGCGUGGAAGGAGAAUCAGGAUGUGACGUUUUUGCAGAGUUUGUCGGGGCCGGUGAGUGUGGCGCUUCGCAUUAGCGGGUCUUGUUGA